AUGUCUGAAUCUCCAGUUCCCAAAGAUGAGAGUAUAGACAGAGAAGCCAGAAUAGCAGCUGCUCGCAGGAAAUUCGAAGAGGCCAGAAAGAGGAUAAGAAAGCUGGACACGUCAAGACCUGGCAGUGUUGAACCAAGCUCUUCUCCAACUUCCACAGAUGGUGCCAGCAAGAACAGAUUGCUGGAGCAGUACCAAUUGCACCAGACUAUUGAGGAGCAGAGGGUGACAAUUGAUAAGCUCAAGGAAGAAAACACAGAUCUUAAGCUUACCAAUAUGGACCUUAAGGAACGUAUUAAGACGCUUGAACAGAACGUGGAAAACCUUAAGGCUGGCAAGGCAGAAGUGGCCCCGCUGAAUGCUAGUAAGUUUGACGAUCUUUUAGAUGACGAUUUGCUUGACGAUGAUCUUGACGGGUUACCUGCAACCCAACCUACUGCUGGUGGCUAUGGAGGUGCUACUGGCACCCCAGAGAGGUACCCAAGGUCUGCUAGUCGAACAGAAGUGCUCAGAACGUUUUCUAGUCACCUGGAGGCAGACCAGAAGGACUUUGAGGAUUUCGAUAAACAGAUGGAUGCUGGUCUUCUGGACAUUGUGCUGUCUAUUGUGGGCCGUGUCAGUACUGAUCAGCAGAUAGGUGGGUUUGAUACGCCUUCUGCGUCUGAACAGCAAACGCCAAUUGAAAGGGUAGAGCCUGUGGCCGAGAAGGAACCUGUUCAAGCUGACAGCAGCGCUGCUGAACCUGCUGCUGAGUCUCCAGCUUCUAAUGGUGAUAACUCAAGUGAAAGCGAGGUCAAGGAAGAAGUCAAGAAAGACGGUUUUGACGCAAUUGGUGAUUCUACGAGUAAGGAGGCAGAGACAGCCCAACCUGAGUUGCCAGAAGCCGAGGCAAAGAAACCUAAUCUCGACGACUUGGAUCUUGGUCCUAUAGACGAUCUUGAAGACUUGAAUGACGAGCCAGAAGAUCAUGCUGCCACUGCUCCACAACAGAACGGAGAUACUACUGAAGACGUCGACAAUAACCUUGAUACGCUCGAUUUGGGUCCAUUAGAUAACGAGCUGUUUGUCGCCGAAGAGGAUGUAGCCGGUGACGAUCAAAAGGCAGGCGACCUCACAAAUGACGUGGGAGGACAAACUAGAGAACUUGGCGAGCCCGACCAAAAGAAGCAAGAGGAGCAGGAAAGGUUAGAUGAGGAGAAUGAAGAACAAGAAAAGGCUAAGCAGCUAGCUCUCGAAAAGGAACAGGCUGAAAAGGAGCAGGCCGAGAAGGAGCAAGCCGAGAAGGAACAGGCCGAGAAGGAGCAGGCCGAGAAGGAGCAGGCCGAGAAGGAACAGGCUGAAAAGGAAGAAGCUGAAAAGUUGAAGGCCGAAGAAGAGAAGGCUGAACAAGAGAGAGCCGAAAACGAAAGAAUCGAAAAAGAGAAGGCCGAACAAGAAAAAGCAGAGCAAGAGAGGCUCGAGCAAGAAAAGGCUGAACAAGAAAAGGCUGAACAAGAAAAGGCUGAACAAGAAAAGGCUGAACAAGAAAAGGCUGAACAAGAAAAGGCUGAACAAGAAAAGGCUGAACAAGAAAAGGCUGAACAAGAAAAGGCUGAACAAGAAAAGGCUGAACAAGAAAGACUCGAGCAAGAGAGAGCCGAGCAGGAAAGAAUUGAAAAGGAACAGGCCGAACAGGAAAGAAUAGAGAAAGAAAAGGCAGACCAACAGAAGAGAGAAGAGGAGGAAGAAGCUGAGAGACAACGGUUGCAGAACGAGAAGGAGGAACAGGAAAGACUUGAGAAGGAGAAGGCCGAGCAGGAGAGAGCUGAAAAGGAAGCCCAGGAUCGUGCCGAGCAAGAAAAGAUUGAACAAGAAAGAGUUGAACAAGAAAGAGUUGAACAAGAGAAAAUUGAACAAGAGAGAAUUGAACAAGAGAGAAUUGAACAAGAGAAGGCCGAGCAAGAAAGGGCCGAGCAAGAAAGGGCCGAACAAGAACGUGUGGAACAAGAAAAGGCUGACCAAGAGAAAGCCGACCAAGAGAAGGCUAGGUCUGCUGCUUUGGCAGAUCUUGAAGAUGUUAGUUUGGAGCCGCUAGAACCAGCUGCAUCUAAGGCUGCUGAUGUCGAUUUUGAAGACCUCAAUCUCGAAGACCACAACCAAGCUCCUUCCCAACCAGCUUCCCAGGAAAGUGCACCUCAACAAGAUCAAGCAUCCAAAUUGGACGACGUUGAUUUGGGACCUUUGCAUGACGACGAAAUCCUAGACGACACCGAAUUCACCAAGGACGUUGAACCCGCUCCAACUGAACAGAAGCCCGACGACUCUCUUUUCGAUUUCUCCUAUGAUGAUCAGCAAACAGGAGAACCUUUCGUCGCAGACACAGACUUCCCCAACCCAUACGCUUCAGAAGAGCAGCGAGCACUCGCCAUGUUCUCUACUGAGACACAAGACUUCAAAGAACGUCUCAUGUUGUGGAAAGGCUGGCAAGUCGACAUGACAGGCUGGACCACACAAGGCAUCCCACCAAAAGUGGCUCUCUAA